UCUUGGCUUCAGGGAAUCACAUCCACCUUUCAAUACCUUGACAUACUGCAGUAGGAGGAUCUAAGAGAAAAAGUCCUGACAGAAGAUUUUUGGAGACUUAGCUGCAACUAUCUGUUAGUGGCCGACUUUUAGAGUGAAAUGCUUCUGUACUUAAACAUCCUGGUGCUGAUCCUCCUACAGCCAGCUCUAUCAACCCCGAGACCACAAACCACACGGUCCAGAGGAUGUCCCACCUGUAAAUCAAAUCCCACACCAAGUCUUGAAUCUGCAGACUCAAACUCCACUGCUCUGGAUGCUGGAGAACCAUGUGGGGUCUACACCAGGACCUGUGCCAAUGGUCUACGCUGUGCGCCUCAAGAGGACGAGCUGAGGCCACUCCGAGCCCUGCUAGAAGGCAGGGGAGUCUGCAGCAACACCAGCAGCAUCAGCCCGACUGAGAGGAUCCAGACAGACACAGCACCUACUGAGGAUCCAAAUGAGGCUCCGUGUCGUAAACUUCUAACUACACUUAUCAACGGUCUUAAUGCCCAUUUGUUUGACCCACUACAUGACAUCUACAUGCCCAACUGUGACAAGCGAGGUUUCUUCAGAAAGAAGCAGUGCUGGUCCUCUCGAGGGAAGAAACGUGGUAAGUGCUGGUGUGUGAAUCAGAAUGGCAUGCCAGUCUCAACCACCAAGCACAAGGGCCAUCUGAGCUGUUAGAAAAGUUUGGAGCCUGGACCGAAGCGGAGGAAGCUUUGUGACCAACAUGAGAUAAAGAUGAAGGAACAACACACAGAGUCUCGAGGGGCUCAGCCCGGUCUUUUACAUUUCAUUCUCCAGAAGCCAAAAACUCUCCACCAAUAAGACGCUGCAUCAUGAGUAAUGUUAUCUCCUUGCGCCCUCUACUGAACAUUUCAGGACCAUAGUAUUUAGACGUUUAUUUUACAUUCACUUUUGUUGUUCAUCUUAUAGUUUCAGCAUUUCAUCUCUUUGAAAACAAAUAUUUCAUAUCAUCAGCCAGGUAUCAGGAGACGGUUUGGAUCAAUGUAUGUACCAAAAAGACUUUUCUCAGUAUUUUUUUCAACCACUGUAAUUGUUUUACUAUAAUGGCUGUACAUAAUCUCUGUUCAUCCUAUUUAUGCUACUUCUAUAAUGUAUUACUGUAUAUUUAUGCUAAUAUUCAUUUUAAUAAAUAACUUAUCAUUUUUUACUGAUGAGAACAGGUAGUCCUACGAGGUAUUUUUCAAUUAGUUUGUAAUGCAGAAUCAAAUGGGGGCUUUAGUUUUAUGAUUUUCUUUUUGGGGAGUUUCAUUCAGAAAUUUUGCCUUCCAAAAUUAAAUAUUAAGAUAAAGACUGGCACUGAUUGUUAAU